AUGGUGGUCCAGAGGAAUACUCGCAGACCCAGAGGGACAGGAGCUCCCUCCUCGCAGACCACACGGCCUCCGCCUACAGGUACAGCGGGGGUUCAAUCCACCGUACGGCGGCCACCGCCACGUCAAACAGCGGCAACAGCGAACCGGCGAUACCCGCCGGCUGCGGACAGCUCUCGAGGCCUGGAUGAUGACUUCAAUCUCGUGCAUGCGCACUGUCGAGUAGCGAUCAACAAUGCCGAAGUGCAUAACCGACAGCUCACAAACCGCCUCAACGAGCAACAGCGUGAGAUCGCUGCUAGCAAUCAGCGACUCAGCAGGGAGAAGGCACAGACCAACGCCAAACUUCGCCAGUUAUCCUUGGAGAAGCAAAAGGCCCUAGAGGAGGUGGAUCGCUUGAAAAGAGAAAUCAUUGAACUGAAUAACAGGCUUGAUACGGCUUUCAAUGAUAGCCAUAGUAUGAUGUCUCGCACGGAAGUGCAGGACAUUCUAAAUGAAAUCCAUGCCUCGGCUGAAGUAUUUAUGAAAUCGUUGACAACGAGAAUGAGCGACAAUGAGAAUGUUCAGCUAUCUGGACAGCUGCCUGCAUUUGAUGCUGUCCAAGAUCCAUGGACAAACCAAUAUGGGCCGUUUGAGAUGCUGCACGACUCCGUUGGGACCGAGAUUCUGGACCCCGGUCCUCUAGCAGACCACGAGGGACUAGCGCCGCUGGAUUCUCACUACGAUUUUCCGGACAUCGAUAUCGUCGGCGCAGCACAAAAUUGA